AAUGGAAUUCGAGUAAUGUUUAAGGAGAUUAGAACAAGUCUAAAACUUAAGGAUGAUGAAAUCAACUUGUUAAGUACCUAUGAGCAAGAUGCUGGUAUUUAUGUAUGUGAUUACAUUUUAUCUGACAACAGCAUCCAGUGGACAAUGAGACGAGUAGUUAGGGUAAAAAUCAUUGCACGAAACACUCUCCACAGCCCAAACAUCUUGUCUCCCAGUGGCAUGAAGACCCUUGAAGUAGAAGUUGGAAAACCUUUUAAAAUUGAAUGCAAAGUAUUUUUUGGCUUUGAAAGCGAUUUUUUGCCCAUGAUAACUUGGUACAGAGACAACAAAGAAAGUAAAAGUGAGCCACUUUUGCAGAACACAACACG